AAGCAGUGCCAAGCGAGUGCUCAUUGUGGUCAGUGUAUAACAGGCAGGGGCGGACUAACCAUUUGGAAACUUGGGCAGUGCCCGAGGGCCCAGGGUAAGGGGCCCCAUGAGAUGCCCCUGGUACUUUUUUCAUAGGCUUUUUUGAGUUUGGGCAAGGACACAGGGGCCCCAUGAUCCCCUAUUGCCCAGGGGCCCAUGAGUUGUCAGUCCGCCCCUGAUCACAGGUACAAUAAUUAGGCUCCUACAGACUAUUUAUCCAGCUGCACCUCCAAUCCAAGGUAC